AUGAGCGCGCUGAGCCUGGUAGUAGCUCUAGUGCUGGUGCAACUAACGCACCACCGCGAAGGGAUGAACAUGCUAAGGGUGCAGGGGAAGAGAGAAGACCCCGCGCCGUUCACCCAAGACCCCGCGCUGUUCACCCAAGACCCCGCGCUGUUCACCCAAGACCCCGACCCACCCAAGACCCCGCGCCGUACACCCAAGACCCCGCGCCGUUCACCCAAGACCCCGCGCCGUUCACCCAAGACCCCGACCCCUAAGACCGCGCCGUACACCCAAGACCCCGACCCACCCAAGACCCCGCCCAUUCACCCACCCAAGACCCCGCGCCGUUCACCCAAGACCCCGCACACCCCGCGCCGUACCCAAGACCCCGCGCCGUUCACCCAAGACCCACCCAAGACCCCGCGCCGUUCACCCAAGACCCCGACCCAAGACCCCGCUGUUCACCCAAGACCCCGCGCCGUUCACCCAAGACCCCGCGCCGUACACCCAAGACCCCACGCCGUUCACCCAAGACCCCGCGACCCCGUAAGACCCCCCAAGACCCCCGCACCCAAGACCCCGUUCACCCAAGACCCCCGCCGUACACCCAAGACCCCACGCCGUUCACCCAAGACCCCGCGCCGUACACCCAAGACCCCGCGCACCCAAGACCCCGUUCACCCAAGACCCCGCGCCGUUCACCCAAGACCCCGCGCCGUUCACCCAAGACCCCGCGCCGUUCACCCAAGACCCCGCGCCGUUCACCCAAGACCCCGCGACCCCGCCCGUUCACCCAAGACCCCGCGCCGCACCCAAGACCCCGCGCCGUUCACCCAAGACCCCGCGCCCCAAGACCCCGCGCCGUUCACCCAAGACCCCGCACCAUUCACCCAAGACCCCGCGCCGUUCACCCAAGACCCCGCGCCGUUCACCCAAGUUGACUGUCAAACGUUUCAUUUCCAGCAGUCUACUCUGUGUAAUGAAAUUUGCCAUUACCACGAGCCCGUCUUCCCCAAUGAAGGCGCCACCAACCUCCUGUGGUACACAGUGCCUAGUUAA